AUGAGCUAUCCACCUGAUAUUAGGAAUCAGGUAGAUGGAACUCGAAAACAGAGAUUUAUUGCAUCUUGGUUUGAUGAAUUCAGUAAUUGGUUGGAAUAUAGUAUUGAAAAAGAUGCUGCAUAUUGUUUAUAUUGUUUUCUUUUUACAGCUGGGUAUAGUGAAAGAGGUCAUGAUACUUUUGUAUUUGAAGGAUUGGCUUUUCGGGCGAAUGAUGAGUCUGAAAAUUCAUUAAAUCAAGGAAAUUUUCUUGAAUUAUUAAAAGUUCUAGCUUCAUGUAAUGAAGAAAUUAAUAAUGUUGUAUUGAAGAAUGCUCCUAACAAUCUCAGACUCACAUCUCCUGAUAUUCAAAAAGAUAUCAUUAAUGCAGCUGCAACUGAGACAACAAAGGUCAUCAUUACAGAUUUGAGAGAUGAUUUUUUCUCUAUUUUAGUUGAUGAAUGUCGAGAUGUAUCUAUUAAAGAGCAAAUGGGAGUUGUCAUAAGUUAUGUCAAUGGAUCUGGAUGUGUCAUUGAAAGAUUUAUUGGUCUUGUGCAUGUCCAUAGUACAAGUGCAGCAUCUCUUAAAAAAGAUAUUGAGUUUUUGUUCUCUACUUAUGGCUUGAGUAUAUCUAGUUUGAGAGGUCAAGGCUAUGAUGGAGCUAGUAAUAUGCGAGGUGAAUUUAAUGGCCUUAAAAGUUUGAUUUUGAAGGAGAAUUCUAGUGCUUAUUAUAUCCAUUGUUUUGCUUAUCAACUUCAAUUCAUACUUGUUGCUAUUGCUAAAAAGCAUUCAAGUAUAAGUUCUUUUUUCAGUACUGUUACUCGUUUGGUCAAUGUUAUUGGAGGUUCUUGUAAAUGCAGGGACAUGCUUUGA